CUGAGGAGGCGGGGAGGGGAGUGCUGGGCCGGUCGGCAGGCGGGCAACGAUGCCGAACUUUUGGGCUGCCCCCAACUGCACGCGGAAGAGCACGCAGUCCGACCUGGCCUUCUUCAGGUUCCCGCGGGAUCCAGGCAGAUGCCAGAAGUGGGUCGAGAAUUGUAGGAGAGCUGACCUGGAAGAUAAAACACCUGAUCAACUCAAUAAACAUUACCGAUUAUGUGCCAAACACUUCGAGACCUCUAUGAUUUGUAGAACUAUACAUUUUAGUCCUUAUAGGACAGUUCUUCGAGAUAAUGCAAUACCAACAAUAUUUGAUCUUACCAGUCAUUUGAACAAUCCACAUAGUAGACACAGAAAACGAAUAAAAGAAUUGAAUGAAGAUGAAAUCAGGACACUGAAACAGAAAAAAAUUGAUGAAACUUCUGAACAGGAACAAAAACAUAAAGAAACAAACAACAGCAACGUUCAGAACCCCAGUGCAGAAGAAGGGGGUGAUGAAGAUAUUUUACCUUUAACCCUUGAAGAGAAGGAAAACAAAGAAUACUUAAAGUCUUUAUUUGAAAUUUUGAUUCUUAUGGGAAAACAAAACAUACCUCUGGAUGGACAUGAGACUGAUGAAAUCCCAGAAGGUCUCUUCACUCCUGAUAACUUUCAGGCCCUGUUAGAGUGCCGGAUAAAUUCUGGUGAAGAGGUCCUGAGAAAACGCUUUCAGACCACAGCAGUUAAUACAUUGUUCUGUUCAAAAACAAAGCAGAAACAGAUGCUAGAGAUCUGUGAGAGCUGCAUUCGGGAAGAAACCCUCAGGGAAGUGAGAGACUCACGCUUCUUUUCCAUUAUCACUGACGAUGUGGUAGACAUAGCAGGGGAAGAGCACCUUCCUGUGUUGGUGAGGUUUGUAGAUGAAUCUCAUAACCUGAGAGAGGAAUUUGUGGGCUUCCUGCCUUAUGAAGCUGAUGCAGAAAUUUUGGCUGUGAAAUUUCACACUACAAUAACUGAGAAGUGGGGACUAAAUAUGGAGUAUUGUCGUGGCCAGGCUUACAUCGUGUCUAGUGGAUUCUCUUCCAAAAUGAAAGUUGUUGCUUCUAGACUUUUAGAGAAAUAUCCCCAAGCUAUCUACACACUUUGCUCUUCCUGUGCCUUAAACAUGUGGUUGGCAAAAUCAGUGCCUGUGAUGGGGGUGUCUGUUGCAUUAGGAACAAUUGAGGAAGUUUGUUCUUUUUUCCAUCGAUCACCACAACUGCUAUUAGAACUUGACAAUGUAAUUUCUCUUCUUUUUCAGAACAGUGAAGAAAGGGGUAAAGAACUGAAGGAAAUUUGCCAUUCUCACUGGACAGGUAGGCAUGACGCUUUUGAAAUUUUAGUGGAUCUCCUGCAAGCACUUGUUUUAUGUUUAGAUGAUAUAAAUAGUGACACAAAUAUUAGAUGGAAUAACUGUAUAACUGGUCGAGCAUUUGUACUCUGUAGUGCAGUAACAGAUUUUGAUUUCAUUGUUACCAUUGUUGUUCUUAAAAAUGUCUUAUCUUUUACAAGAGCCUUUGGGAAAAAUCUCCAGGGACAAACUUCUGAUGUCUUCUUUGCUGCCAGUAGCUUGACCGCAGUGCUGCAUUCACUCAAUGAAGUAAUGGAAAAUAUUGAAGUUUAUCAUGAGUUUUGGUUUGAGUAAGCAACAAAUUUGGCAACCAAAUUUGAUAUCCAAAUGAAACUCCCUGGGAAAUUUCAUAGGGCUCAGCAGGGUAACCUGGAAUCUCAGCUAACCUCUGAAAGUUACUAUAAAGAAACCCUCAGUGUUCCAACAGUGGGGCACAUCAUUCAGGAACUUAAAGAUAUAUUUUCAGAACAGCACCUCAAAGCUCUUAAAUGCUUAUCUCUGGUACCCUCAGUCAUGGGACAGCUCAAAUUCAAUACAUCAGAGGAGCACCAUGCUGACAUGUACAGAAGUGACUUGCUUAAUCCUGACACACUUUCAGCUGAACUUCACUGUUGGAGAAUCAAAUGGAAACACAGAGGGAAAGAUAUAGAGCUUCCAUCCACCAUUUAUGAAGCCCUCCAUCUGCCUGAUAUCAAGUUUUUUCCUAAUGUAUAUGCCUUGCUGAAGGUCCUGUGUAUUCUUCCUGUGAUGAAGGUUGAGAAUGAACACUAUGAAAAUGGACAAAAGCGUCUCAAAGCAUACUUAAGGAACACUUUUACAGACCAAAGGUCAAGUAACUUGGCUUUGCUUAACAUAAACUUUGAUAUAAAACAUGAUCUGGAUCUAAUGGCAGACACAUAUAUCAAACUAUAUACAACUAAGUCAGAGCUUCCUACAGAUAAUUCAGAAACUGUUGAAAAUACCUAAAAGACUUUUAAAAUGGGCUUUCUCUUAUAUUUGAUAUUUGGAAGAAAAGCCGUAAGGUGUAUGUA